AUGAACCCGAACACGUUUACUCUGUUUGACCUCGCCACCAACUUGCCCGCGUGGAAGGCGCUUGAGCAAGAAUUCAAGCAAAAGAAGGAUUUCUCCGUGCGCCAGGCGUUCAAGGACGACUCUGAACGGUUCGAAAAAUUCUCGUUCACCCUCGACAACUACGAUGGUUCAAAGAUCUUGUUUGACUUCUCCAAGAACUUGAUUGACAAGUCGAUCUUCGACAACUUGGUGCAAUUGGCUCGGGAAGCCGGUGUCGAAAAAUUGAGAGACGCCUUGUUCAAGGGUGAACACAUCAACACCACCGAAGACCGUGCCGUGUACCACCCGGCGUUGCGGAACCAGGACGACAAGCCCAUGUCGGUUGACGGCAAGAACGUCAUGCCUCAAGUCGACCUGGUGUUGAACCACAUGAAGGAAUUCUCCGACUCUGUCCGUAACGGCUCGUGGAAGGGUUACACCGGUAAGCAGAUCACCGAUGUCGUCAACAUCGGUAUUGGUGGUUCCGACCUUGGUCCCGUCAUGGUCACUGAAGCCCUCGCUCACUACGCUAAGCCUGAUCUUAACGCCCACUUUGUCUCCAACAUUGAUGGUACCCAUCUCGCCGAAAUCUUGAAGGGCUUGAACCCUGAAACAACUCUCUUCUUGAUUGCCCUGAAGACUUUCACCACUGCCGAAACCAUCACCAACGCUAACCUGGCGAAGGAAUGGUUCUUGAAGAAGGCCAACGACCAAUCGGCCAUUGCCAAGCACUUCGUCGCUUUGCUGACCAACGAAGCCGAAGUCGUCAAGUUUGGCAUUGACCCCAAGAACAUGUUUGAAUUCGAACUGUGGGUCGGUGGUAGAUACUCGGUGUGGUCGGCUAUCGGCUUGUCGGUGGCUAUCUACGUUGGCUUUGAAAACUUCCAAGCGUUCUUGAAGGGUGCUCAAGCCGUUGACCACCACUUCUUGAACGCCCCUCUUGAAGAGAACAUCCCCGCUAUUGGUGGUUUGCUCUCGGUGUGGUACAACAACUUUCACGGCGCCCAGACCCACCUUGUUGCCCCCUUCGACCAAUACUUGCACCGCUUCCCCGCUUACUUGCAACAAUUGCUGAUGGAAUCCAACGGUAAGCUGGUGACCCGCACCCUGCAAUUCACCAACUACCAAACCGGGGUGGUUUUGUUUGGUGAGCCCUGCACUAACGCUCAACACUCGUUCUUCCAAUUGUUGCACCAAGGCACCAAGCUCAUCCCCGCUGACUUCAUCCUUGCUGCUCAAUCGCACAACCCCAUUGACAACAACAAGCACCAACGUAUGCUUGCCCUGAACUUCUUUGCCCAAUCGGAAGCGUUGAUGACUGGUAAGGAUGCUGAACAAGUGAAGGCUGAAGGCGCUGAACCCAAGUUGGUGCCCCACAAGGUGUUCUCUGGUGAUCGCCCCACCACCCUGAUCUUGGCGCAAAAGAUCACCCCGGCGACUUUGGGUGCGUUGAUUGCCUACUACGAGCACUUGACCUUCACUGAGGGUGCCAUCUGGAACAUCAACUCCUUUGACCAAUGGGGUGUCGAAUUGGGUAAGGUGCUUGCCAAGAAGAUCGAACCCCAAUUGGCGGAUCCGGGCGUUGUUGACAACCACGACGCCCUGACUAACGGUUUGAUUAACCAAUUCAAGCAAUGGGCCUAA